AUGCGGCACUCCGGCAUUCUUACAAAAACUCAUCUGGAGGGGUGCACUUCCCGCCACACGAAAACAGCUGUGCACCGGACUUUCCAGAUAAAAACAUUUAGCACCGAGUUGAAAAACCAUGUGAUGGUCAUGGAUUUCGUGAAGAGUAACUGGUUCCCCUCCCAGAGAAGAGCCAAAGUUUGCAUCAUCCAUAUGUGUCAAGGCCUGAAGACAGCUGAGCAGCCAGCCAGCCGAUACGAGAUCCACAGUCGGCUCUUCUCGUCCCCCAAAGAUCAUUCUGCUUGGGAAAGAAAUGAAGGUCUUUCAAACACAGGAUUACGGGACAACCAGUACAAUACAAACGAUCAAAUUGCCUUUAAAAAUCUUCAGUCUGAUGUUACAGAGAAGAAAUCUGACUUCACCGAGGAGACUCUGGCAUCGCACAGCACAAAAAUGAUUUCAUCCCUCGUCAUUUCACAGCUGAUGGAUGAGAGUAAAUCAAAGGCAAACCGGGCCGCCGAGCCUCCGGCCAGGCCGUCGCGGGUGAACCGCAGCGGGGUCUCCAUCAGCCGGGCGUUCGCCCGCCUUCCUGGCAGGCUGGGCAUUCAGACGCCGGCGGCCCAGGAGCCAGGACCUGACACGGAGCUGCCACCCAAUGAGGAGAAGCCGUGCAGCGGCCCCCAGAGGGGCUUUGCGUCCAUCACCAUCACGGCCAGGCGCGUGGGCCCCGCAGCCGGCACCCUGGCGUGGGAGGCCGUGGGGGGCCCGCGGUACACCGAGUGCCGGGCCCACGGCCCUCUGCUCAGGGACGCCCCUGCUCCGGCUGGGGGUGCCGAGCCCUGUGGGCACCAGGGACCGUUCACCUGCGCGGAGUGCCCCAGAAACUGCUCUGUGAUGAGGCUGAAGGUGCAGGAGAUGGACCCCCGGCUGUGCGAGGCUCACGAGUACUGGAUCACGGAUGUGGACGACCGAGAGAACGGUUUUCCUCCGGGCGCCGCGCGGUCGGGAAAGGGGCCGCUGGUGUUCAGCUCCUGCGUCCAUGUCAGGGUGUCUCAGCACUGCCCCAAUUCCAUUUACUAUCUAGACCGGUCCCUCUCCGUCCCCAUUGAGCAGCCUCCGCUUGCUAGCCCUAAAAUGCACAGGUCGGUCCUGUCGCUCAACCUGAACUGCAGUUCACACGGAUUGACACCAGAUGGAGCAGACGGCACGGCUAAUGGAGGGCCAAGGAGCAGUGCCUUGAAGCGGGAGCUCACGGAGGGAAACCAGAACCUCCUAGGCCCCCGCUGGAACCCGGGUUUGCAAGGAAGCUUCUCGAAGGAAAACCUGUCCUUGGAGCAGGUGCAUCUGGGGCCCCGCACCUGUCCUUGGAGGGGCUCGCGUCUUUUGGAAAAGCAAGCGUUCUCGGGUGUGGGAGUUCACCAGGUCACAGUAAGAAAAGGGAGAGAGAACUAUACCACUCGGCACACCGGGGGUGGUGGAAGCCAACUGUCCAUCCACAUUCCUGGCUGGAGUUACACAGCAGUAGAAGCAAAAGUAUUUUCUGGAAGCAGCGAGAAGCAACAAGGAGAAGCACGUGUGACUUUGUCUGCUCCCCCAGCGGAACAGAAGCUGGUUAAAGAGUUCCUUCCUGAUGGGUAUAGCUCUCCAAACAACAACUGUCAGUCUAGCGACUUCUCUGAGCCCUCAGAGAGUCAACAGCAAAGCUUCCUGAAAUCCGGAAUCCCCUUAUCUGGCUUUCUUUGCCCCUUACAAGAUUUAUGCACAUUUCCACAGGAAGACAGUGAUGUUCAGAUAGAAGGAGAGUUCCCCAAAGGGGAUUACAAGUGCUGUGACUUGGUUGUAAAAAUAAAGGAAUGCAGGAAGAGUGAGGAGACCCCCGAGCCAGCUCCCCCGGAGCCAGCGUCCCCUGAGCCACCAGAGACCCCUGACCUGUCCGAAGACUGUUCUGAGGGUCAACGAACACCUGUAGGCUCCUUGACCUUGCAGGAAGCCCUGGAAGUCCGGAAACCCCAGUUCAUUUCUCGUUCCCAAGAACGGCUGAAGAAGCUGGAGCACAUGGUACAGCAGAGAAAAGCCCAGCGGAAGGAGAACCUGGGCCAGAAGCAGAGUCUCUUUCCUGUCCGCGCCAACAAGAAGCAGUUCACGGUUCCCCACCCUCUUAGCGAUAACUUGUUCAAACCCAAAGAAAGAUACAUUUCAGAGAAGGAGAUGCACAUGCGAUCUAAAAGAAUCUAUAAUAACUUGCCGGAAGUGAAAAAGAAAAAAGAAGAACAAAAGAAAAGAGUGAUCUUACAGAGUAACAGACUGCGUGCUGAAGUCUUCAAAAAGCAAUUACUGGACCAGCUCCUUCAAAGGAACGCGGUCUAACCGUAGGCUGCCCUGCUGACCCACUCCCUGGACCUGGGAUGACUUCAAACGCUGGAUCAACCAUUAAACUUAGCAUUAUCUUCAUGAUAUGAAACACUUACUUUACUUUUGAUUUUUUUUUCAUAAAGGAAAACAUAGCUUCCUGAAUUGCUUGCCCAAACCACACAGAAACAGUAACCCUUGAGGAAAUGGGCCAGCAGACCGUGGAGGGGUGACCGACGCGAUAUAAACCACUAGAUACAGUCCCCUCAGUUCUCCACUUUGGAAUUUACCGUUUGCUUCUGAUCCCCCCACCCACCCACCCACUGCGCCACCAUUUCCACCGAGACAGAGAAAGGCCUUAUACGUUCACAUGGGCCUAGAUCCUAGGGGGUUAUUUUUCUUCAUCAAAUUUUUGGGACCCACAUCUAUCAGUUUUUAAGUAUCAGUCCCAACUUCUGCCGGUAGUCCACACUUUGGGUCAGCGCCCAGUAUGUUUAAAUACUCUCUGGAUGUGUUGGCCAUGUAAUGCUGGAAGCUGACCUUGGAAGUAAGCGGGUGCUCUGAACAAGGGAGCGUGCAGUCUGUGUGUCCGCGACCCAGGGUGGGCAGAGCCGUCCUCACGACCACACCCCACACCGAGUGCUUCUCUUCAUUUAGAAAAAGAGUCCAUUUCCACAGAAGCUAUGAGAGCGGAAUUGGUGGGGGAAAAAAUUACAGGUGACUUCAGUGUUUUCUGCACAGCCCCCUCCUCCCAGGACCAAAGCUGUGUUGCUGAAAAUGGCCCGGUGGCUCCCACUCUGCCAUUUGCUCUUCCAACGCUGAUGAUGUUCAUGAUUUACCAGUGUGUGUUUGGGGAGUUAAGAACUAACUAGUUUUUAUCAAAAAUGGAAAUAAAUGCAAUUAUUACAAAA